ACCGAUUAGUACACAAAUCACAAAAAGAAGUCAGCAGCCAAGGAAAAUUUUUAGAAAUGGAGUCUCCGCCGAUGUUUAAUAGUGUGGAAGAUGAGUGCAGAUAUUGGAAGGAACGAUCUAAGCAGUACCAUAAAGAAUGGACAGACGUGAAACAGGAGUACGACGAAUACGUGGAGCAGUCCCGCGAAAUGGAAAUAGAAAUGGACGCCACUCUGGACCAGAAGCAGAGUAUAAUCAAAGAUCUCACAGCCAAACUCACAAUGUUUGAGCGGGAAAACGAGUCUCUCAAGGUCAAGUUGGACUCGCAUGGCAUCGAAAUGUCAAACAUGGAGAAGCAGCUGGAAACGGUGAAGAAGGAUCGCGACACCAUGAAGGUGCAUCUGCGGCAGCUGGAGCAGAAAAAUGACGAUUUGGAGCGUGCCCAUCGCAUACUCAACGAAAGCAUAGAGAAUUUCGAGAAAAUGCUGGAUCAGGCCUACGAGAAGAACGCCCUUCUAGAGCUGGAAGUGGAUGAAAAGGGAUUGCUGCAGGAAAAACUGCAGCGGUUGAUGGAUGAGACGAGAGAUCUCAAACAAGAGCUGAACGUCAAGUCACGCUUUACCCCAGUGGUCAAUGGAACAAGCAUUCCCACGGCAAACGACACAAAUACGGUCAACAGCUCGAUGAACUCGUCCGCCUCGCUGCCAAAUGGUAUUGCGGCCAACGGCGAUUUGGUAAACCACGACAAUACUGUCGCCACAAGAGCCACCAGCGUCAGCGUUAACGCCCUCAAUGGCAGCUUAGUUAAUAGAAACGAAUAUAACCAGCAGCAUUCGCUUAAAAAUCCCGAGAACCAAAUCAAUGGCAAUUCCAUGAACCCCAGCUCCCGCACAACGGCGCUCAACAUUGUGGCCGACAUGUUAAGAAAACUAAACUGGGACAAGGCACUGCUAUGUCCCGAUUGCGAAAAGUUUCGCUGCAUUUGUGAGCGCCCGGCAACUCUGCAGCCGCCGCCAUCGGCCAGCGAGUCGAGUCUCUUUCGCCGCGCCUUUGGCGGCAGCAGCAGCUCGGUGGCCACCAGUAGCGCCCAGUCCACGCCCGCCAGCGAUUGGAGUUCCUCCGGCAGCCUCAGUGCGGGCUCAAACAUUUUCAGGCGCUUCGCCGAGCGCAUGCGCAACUCGCCGGACGCCAGCCUGCCGCUUUGACAAUGCGCUCCAAACUAUAAGACUAAUUUUAGUUGCCCUCCGCUUGCAUUUAUUAAUUGCAUUGGUUAAUAAAUACAAAACUUAUUUGUACCUUA